GGCAACCCUCGCCUUGUCACUUGGUUUACGUCGUCCUCUGUCAUUAUAUACGAGCUUACAAUGCUGUGCUCGCAAACACUAGUGGGAUAUAGAUAUGAAGUACGUAGGAAUUACUGGGGAUAUCACACGUGCAAAUCAUAACAACUGAUUAGAAACAUUGACUGCCUUAAGGUUAGGAUCGAAUAACUACUGUUACAAAAUUGGUUACCCUCAUGCAGUGGUAGUGGAAAAUACGACGUUCAUUGAAAUGGAUUUUUGUCGCUGAAAAUAUUAUAUUCGUCACUGUAAUUUGUGUUCGUUAUGAAUAGUUUUAGAUGUGUUGUGUUUGGAGUACGAGUGAAAUAAGAUGAUAUGGAUGAAAAACAGAAAGUAUCAACAAUCACAGAGGAACUGCCUCAUAUUAUAGAAGGGACAGAUAUUCCACAGGUACAAAAUGUACUCGUGGACAAUGAAGAAAUCACCGAAAUUGCUAAUGAUGAAAAACAGACUGAUGAUAUCAUUGUGAACUCAAUACAAAUUCCCCAUUUACAAGACCCAGAAAAACAAAAGGAUGUACUUGAAAAGGAAAACGAGGAAACUCCUGAAUUUGUCGUGCGUCUUGGUACAUCGCUCACAAGAAAAGAUGCGGACAUUAGGGCACGAACCUUGCUGAAGGAACUAGCUGUGAGAUCUGCAUCACCUAAUCCGAAGUCUUCAGUGUUAUAUUUGGGGUCAAAGCCGCGGUCAAGACGGACCAGUGUCCAACGGGAUCGGGAGAGGUCUCUAAGAAACAUGUCAAGAGCUCUAGGGAAGAUGUUACGAUCGAGGAGAAGACAAAGUCAGGGAAGUAUGUCCGACUCAAUAGCAGAAAAUACACCACCUGAGCCCGCAGAAAAGCCCUUUAUGAAGUUCAGAAGGAUUGCUCGAACUGUCCGACUUUUGGCACGAAUACUGCUAACACUGAAAAGUUAUGUACGUGAGCCUGAUAGAAGUGAGUGGUCCUUUAUGGAGAUGUAUCUACAUGUUCGAGAUGAUCUUCAUAAAAAGGUCGCAUUCAACCCGCACAGUUAUGUCAAAGUAGAACCGAAAAGAGACAGAUUGAAAAGGUUACUUUCCAUUCCCAAAGGGACACGGACGCUUGAUGAUGUUAAAAUGAUCCUCAGCCUGAUGCGUGAUAACACAUCUUUCAAAGACUAUCCUGCUCACACCCAGAUACACCUAGCAAUGUGCAUGGAAUAUCAAACAUACGAGGCACGCCGGGUAAUAUUGAGACAGGGUCACAUUCCAUCCGCAUUUUAUAUAAUGUUGUCAGGAGCGGCCAUUGUCAAUACACAGGAUCUUAAUCCUUGCACUGGAAAAAAAUUCUUCCGGACUGUUCAUGAAAUUGUAUCAGGGGACAUAUUUGGGGAAAUAGCAUUACUCGAAAGCGGCAGACGUACAGCCACUGUUAUAUGCAAGACUCCAUGUGAACUACUGGUUGUUCAGAAGGAGGAUUUUGAUACAAUAAUCAAAGUUCCACUUAUGCGAGAAAAAGUAGAGCAUAUCAACUUUUGCAGAGAUUUGCCCCUUUUCAAGGAUUUCCCUUGUGAGGUAUUCUCCGACCAUACGACUGGAUUCUUCUAUCAGUAUUUCAGAAAAGGUGAUGUUAUAGUCAAAGACAGUAGAGAGAGCAAGUUUAUCAUCGUCGUGGCAGAGGGGGCGUGUAUGAUGCUAAGUGACGUCAUAGAAACAGAAGCAGAUCGCACGCACGGUCCGAUGUUCGAAAAACAUAUGGAGAAUGCAUUCCCUUUGUACACAGAAAUGAAAAAAAUCCGGGUCAAAGCCAGACGCCAAAAAACUGACGAAUCUAGCGAUACGUCACUUGGUGUACGGCUUCUCACAGGGACGCUUGAUUCUUAUAAACAGGCGGCGAAGACAAACCUAAGCCGGAUGGGAAGAAGGAAAUCCCGACAUCACUUACUCACGAGAAGUAACACUCUGGGGUCAUUUGAACGAUCAGAAAAAGAGCGAAAGACAAGCGUGGUUAACGAGGAUACGACGCCAUUGUGGCCAGAUAGAGUGAGAGGUCAUACCCAUCCCAAUGGCUUCCGACACUCUGCGGACGUUCACAGACAAACAUUACAGACAAAUAAUCAGCGAACCCAUGCACGGUCAGCAACCGCCAACAGCAAGUUCAGCGAGAUACAGAUGAUAGCCGACAGCAACAUGCCACCACCAUCACAACAUCACCAUCACACAGAACCGCGUGUACUACACGCUCAAAUUUCUGAACUGAAAUCAGGCUCCAUAUUUGGGUUGGAGGCUCUCAUUUCCCGCCCUUCUACGACCUUAAGCCUUGUCAGUGACGGAGCUGAGUGUAUUUUCAUUUCUAAAAGGCUGUUUUUGAAAGAGGCUAAUAUUAAAGUGCUUCGUAUUGUUACCGACCUGGUACACAACCAUCCAUGUCACGACUACAUCAAGGAGCAGGUUUAUACAUACCGGAAAUGGAGAAAAUACAAGAUGGAUACAGUGCUAGAUGUAGUUGACAGACAUCGCAGUAUGGAGCUCGCAAUCGUAGGAGGAACACCUGACAAAAAGUUCCCCGUACCCGGUGAAGCUUAUAACUAAUAUUUUGUAUACAAUUCAGCUGUAUUUAAUCUUUUAGAUAUUAUAUACUGUAAACGGACAUAUCUAGCUGUAAUCUUUACAGUUUCUGACAUAUUGUUUUCUGUGGCAAGUCCUGUAGGUGCGUCAAUUUAUCAUCUCGCUAAAAUGUGAGUGUGUAAAAAUAUAAACGACUAGAAGAUGGACGCCAUGUCACAUAUCAAACAACUUACAAGAUAUCCCUAGCUGGGUUGUGCUCUACGACGUUAUAUGCAAUACAUUUUACUAAAAUGAAAGUAUUUUCUAAAAAGAAGAGAGUAUUGAUAAUACGGCAAUUGAAAAUGACGACCAACAAUGAUAUACAUGUAAAUUACUUGUGAAUUCCAGGAACAUACCUUAGAUGUAAUCAUUCAGAACGGUCAUUUGUUAUUGGUCGGUGUUAUUGACAGCACAUGAAAAUAUCAAUUAUGUGACCCGUCAAACCUCUGACAAUAUAUCGAUUUAAUAGAUUAAAUUUUUGUCAAUCGAGAAACGAGUAAAGAUAUAAUCAAGGGCAUCAUUGAGAUAUAAAAACGAUGUACUUUAUUUUCAAGAACUGGCUUUUAUGUUAUAUAUUUAAACUUUGUUUCAAAUGAUGAUAAACUAAAUAAACACUUUAAUGAAAUGAAAA